CCCUCACCACUGGAUUAAACCUUUCAUCUCCUUGCAGGACCAGGGGGCAAUCCAACUUCCAGGAAGCAGAGAGCAUCCAUGAAGCAGCAUUUUCUCAGGAGCCCAGGACUGCUGGGGACAGGCUCAGGCACAAGAGAGGCAGGAGGUGUGACCAUGUGACCAAGAUUGAGAGGACCGAAAGUUGCUGCCAUCCGAAAAUUGAUGCUGAGUUCCAGAAAACCAGGGUGACCCAAAGUCGCUGCGCUAUGUGUGGAGCUGGUCAUGGCAAGAGUGGGCACACUGUGGCAGAGAAGACACGGCCCGACUAACUUUUACAUAUCUUACUCCGGAUGUGGCUAAUGGAGAAGUCGGGCCUCCAUCUCGCUCCCCUCCCCAACCCCCAUUUCCCUCCCGGAUGCCGCACAUUGAGACUAUCGGCUGCUGCCCCUUUAAGGGCCGCCACUCCUCCUCCCACCCCCUCCCCAGCGAUGGCACCCAGGGAGUCGGAGUGGGGGGAGGCUGAGUUUUCAAGCCAGUCUACUAGGGAAGAUGGCCCAGGCCGAGGGAAUCGCUCCCACGCCCCGCCACCCCCUCUCCUGAGCCGAGUGAGCAGGGGGACCCCUUCCCUCUUUCCCUCCCGCCCCACGCGCGACGCGGGAAUGGCUCCGUGGCCUCAAGGGAACAGCUCUCUGCCCCCUCGGCCAGAUGUCUCCACCCUGGCACCCAAUACUGCCAACACGAGUGGGCUGCCAGGGGUGCCUUGGGCGGUGGCACUAGCGGGGGCGCUGUUGGCUCCGGCAGUGCUGGCCACCGUGGGAGGUAACCUGCUGGUAAUCGUGGCCAUCGCCCGGACGCCGAGACUCCAGACCAUGACCAACGUCUUCGUGACUUCGCUGGCCACAGCGGACCUGGUGGUGGGGCUCCUGGUAGUGCCGCCGGGGACCACGUUGGCGCUGACGGGCCACUGGCCCCUGGGCGCCACUUGUUGCGAGCUGUGGACCUCGGUGGACGUGCUGUGUGUGACCGCCAGCAUCGAAACCCUGUGCGCCCUCGCGGUGGACCGCUACCUGGCCGUGACCAACCCGCUGCGCUACGGCGCGCUGGUCACUAAACGCCGCGCCCGGGCAGCCGUGGUCCUGGUGUGGGUCGUGUCCGCCGCGGUGUCGUUCGCUCCUAUCAUGAGCAAAUGGUGGCGCGUGGGGGCCGACGCCGAAGCGCAGCGUUGCCAUUCCAAUCCGAGCUGCUGCACCUUCGCCUCCAACAUGCCCUACGCGCUGCUCUCCUCCUCCGUCUCCUUCUACCUUCCGCUCCUGGUGAUGCUCUUUGUCUACGCGCGAGUUUUCGUGGUGGCUACGAGCCAGCUUCGUUUGCUGCGCUGGGAGCUUAGCCGCUUCCCGCCAGAGGAGUCUCCGCCGGCGCCGUCUCGCUCUCAGUCGCCAGGCCCGGGCCGGCCGUGGCCCUCGCUCGCGGGGGUGCCCUCCCACGGCCGGCGGCCGGCGCGCCUUCUGCCUCUGAGGGAACACCGCGCCCUCUGCACCUUGGGGCUCAUCAUGGGAACCUUCACUCUCUGCUGGUUGCCCUUCUUUGUGGUCAACGUGGUGCGCGCCCUCGGAGGCCCCUCUCUGGUGCCCGUCCCGGCUUUCCUCGCCCUUAACUGGCUAGGCUAUGCAAACUCUGCGUUCAACCCGCUCAUCUACUGCCACAGCCCAGACUUUCGCAGCGCCUUCCGCCGCCUGCUGUGCCGCUGCGGGCCGGAGGAGCACCUCGCGGCCGCCUCCCCUCCCCGAGCUCCCUCCGGCGCCCCUGAGACCCUGACCCACCCAGCCGAGUCCAGGCAGAGCCCGCCGCUCGACGAAUUUCUGGCCACGGCUUGGGCUGGCUUUGACUUGCAGAUAAGACUAGAACACCCCUGCCCCACCUCAAGCCCUGGAGUUCAGCUCUGGUUUCUUUGAAAGGCUUGAGAGCAGCUAAGGGCUUCCUGGGGACUUUUUUAGGCCUUGAAGAAACAGCUCUGUUGAUCCAGAACCUUUGGAAAGCCUCUGGCCUUGUACAGAAUGAGCCCUGUGGAGAUUCUCAGCUGGAAAACUCUGCUCUCCGAAACCUGAAGUCUGGGCAUGGGAGGGGGAGGGGGAUUCCUUACCAAAUGGCUUUUCACCAACCUUUCCCUCUCUCUCUCUGAGAGAAGUUGUCUAAACCCCACCCUUGAACUUCACCACUACCUACCUCAGCAGCUGGAGUGCCCGGCUGCCCUUUAAAGAGCUGGCUGGCUUUGCUCACUCGUGUGCUGUGUACUUAGGGCAAAGACAGCACCCUCAUUCUGAUCAUUCUGCUGCCCAGACCCUGAAGAACCACUCCAUGUCCUGGAGGCCCGGUGGCCCAGGCUGAGAACAGAAAGCUAGAAAAAAAUCGAGGUUUGAGGUUUUGUUCCUGGCCUUCUCACUAUGGCUCUCUAAGGACCAGUCUCCCUCACUUUAGACACCGGACAGCUCUGAUCUACCGCACAGCCUGGUCAGAGGGACUUCUUUAGGUUUUUUUGGGGGGUGGACUCGUGGGUUCAUAGGAAGGUGAAACAUUAGAAUGGAUCCCUUCUUUUCCUUUAGACAUCCAACGAAUAAAUAUUGCUGAAUGCAGCUUAUCUGUUGCUCUCUUUUCUCUCUAUUUGUUUUCUCUGCAUAAUCCACUCUCUCCCUUCCUAGAGCUGGCUUUUGACAGAGGCAAUAAAUUAAGACUAAUCCUUGCCUCUUUCUCCCCAAUCCUCAUGAAACAAAAAAUGGAAAGUCUGUUUGGGCAUAGGAGAUGGGAAUUUGAGCCUUUGACACUCCUGUCACCCCCCCCCCCCCCUUUCUGAAAUUCCUGGAAGCCAUGCUGUUCACAGAACUGAGCGGAGAACUGCAGAAGGAUGGAGUUACUGUUCCCAGGAACAGGGCAUCUAGUGUAUGCCAGUUCCCAUGCUAUAAGCCACUGGUGGAUUCAUAAGAUCCAAUUGCCACCAGCAAAGUGUUUUGUUCAGUGCUCUGUGUGUGCGUGUCUGGAGGCAUAGACCAUUGCUUGUGUUGGGCAAAUGACUUGCUAUAUAAAUAUAUUCUGACAUUUCCCGUCCCUUCCAUAACCACUACCUUCUCACUCCCUGUCCUGGCCUGUGGCAGUCUAUGUUAUCCUCUGGAAGUAAAACUGGAGUAACAAG